CUAGUGCAGAAUCCACUCUCAUGACACACAGCUGGAAAACUCCAGAGCUCAUUUCUCAGCUCCUCCAUUGUCUGCUUAUCAAAGUACAUCUACAGAUGUUAAAAAAGCCUCCAAAGGAGCUAGACACAGCUUAUUUUUUCCAAGAGAAAAAGAGCUGUUGGUAAGACAUGUCGUGGAUCAGAGAAGGUGAGCUGACCAUCGUUGAGAGAUUUUGUGCCAACAUCAUUAAGGCGGGUCCAAUGCCCAAGCAUGUUGCCUUCAUCAUGGAUGGCAAUCGCCGUUAUGCCCGAAAGUGCCACGUGGAGAGACAGCAGGGGCAUUCGCAAGGCUUUGAUAAGCUGGCACAGACGCUACGGUGGUGCUUAAAUCUGGGCAUUCGGGAGGUCACUGUUUAUGCCUUCAGUAUUGAGAACUUCAAACGCUCCAAGGAGGAGGUGGAUGGACUAAUGGAUCUGGCAAGACAGAAAUUUAGCCGCCUACUGGAAGAACAGGAGAACCUGAAGAAGCAUGGAGUGUGCAUCCGUGUCCUCGGGGACCUGCCUCUUCUGCCCUUGGAUAUUCAGGAGCUGAUUGCCCAAGCUGUGCUGGCAACUAAGAACUACAAUAAAUGCUUUCUAAAUGUCUGCUUUGCAUACACAUCAAGGCAUGAAAUCAGCAAUGCUGUCAGGGAGAUGGCAUGGGGGGUGGAACAAGGACUGCUCGAACCCAGUGAUGUGUCUGAAUCGUUGCUUGAUAAGUGUCUGUACACCAACAACUCCCCUGACCCAGACCUCCUGAUUCGAACCUCUGGAGAGGUUCGGUUGAGCGACUUCUUGCUCUGGCAGACAUCCCAUUCAUGCCUGGUGUUUCAGUCAGUCUUGUGGCCAGAAUAUUCCUUUUGGAACUUGUGUGAGGCUAUCCUUCGGUUCCAGAUGAACUACAGUGCUUUACAGAAGGCCAGAGACUCCUACAUGGAGGAAAGGAGGCGACAACAGAUGGAAAGGGAUCAGGCUUAUGUGACUGAGAAGCUGCAGCAGGAGGGGUUUGCGUCCCACGGAGACUCUCGGCGCCGACGGACACUGUUGCAGAAAUGCACUGCCAUGCGGGAAGAGAGAAUCCAGGGCUUUCUACAGGCGCUAGAGCACAAGAGAGUGGACUUCUUUGAAAGAUUGUGUACGGUGUCUGCAUGACAUAGGUGCUGGGUUGGUCUUGGGAAGACAAUUUUUAACCGUGUUGGAGGGAACAGCUGCUGCCCAGAGGAGUUCACUCGGUGUGGUUCUGCAGUGGGGAUGCAGGGCUGCUGUAGGACUUCACGUCCGUGCUGGUGCUGCCUGAGGGCACAGACAGAGUACUGUGAACCUUUCUAGUGCUGUGAACGCUGCCGAGGAAGGUAAUGCCGUCCUCCUGUCUCGUCUCCCUGCCUCUGAUGAUGAAGAAUACACUCACCCGCCACAUCUCUGCUGCUUGGUACUUGACAGGCCUGACUUGUUUUGGUGACAAGAAGUUAACAAAAAUGAGCCUCCAGUUCUGUUUGACUCCUCAUGAAUUGGCCCAGGCAAACCAAAUCACUGCUGUUAAGUCAGCCUAGAUUUUAAUUCUUUCCGUAGCUUUGCAGCAGUGAAUCUUCUGUUGAGAUUUCCUCUGCUGUCCCAUAAGGGGAGCCUUGCUUUCUGUAGGGAGAGGAUUAUUCUUGGAGAAGGGAGCCCUGUGCCAAGCAGUGGCAGAGAGAUUCCCCACUGCCUACUUCAGGAUGGCAUCUUGUCUUUUCCCCACCUUACUGUGCUGGUUUCGAUGUAUCUGCUCUUGACUUCCAAAGAGCUAAAGCGAGGUGUUGUCAGCCUUGCUGUAAAGAGGAAAAAAAAAAAAAAUUUCAAAGCUUCAUCAGGUCCUGUGAUCCCUUCUGAGCAGGGUACGUGGGGAAAACCCAAAUGCUGAAGAUGCUGAUGUUGGAACAGACUGACCGUGGUUAGGAAAGAGGCUCUGAGCGGGCAAGGGAAAAGGAUUGGUUGGGAAUUAACUUCAUUGCUUAAAAAGGAAAAGUUAGCUAAAACCAGGUGAUGGAUACAGUAUGCCAAAUCCCCCGGAGACCUCUCUAGAGCUAUGACUUCACAUCCUGUUUCCAGGGAAUGAGGGUGGGCUUAGUUCAGGAAUACAGAAGCCAAAACCAACCUCUGACCCCAGCCAAAAUGGUUCAGAAGGGCUGUUCAGCUGAUUUUAAUAGGAGUGGCUGGAGCAGCUGUGGAGAGUUGAUUGUUCUCAGCUUUCCAUCAGCAGGGAGGUGGACUAACUAAUUUCCGAGACUCCUUCUAUCUCUAAUUUCUCCUGGUUUCCGUCCCCAUCGUCAAAAUAACAGAAAAUGUCUUGAUUAUUUGUUUCUCAUGCACAUACGGGUGCAGCAGUACCAGCUAUUGCUGUUUUUAAAGUGUUCCUUUUUACCUCCAGGUGAAAACUAGAAAAUGCAGAUUUAAGAGACUUGUAAGUGCUGCAAACCCAGCACUUUGAAUGUGAUUGUGAAGAGGAUAACUACGUUGUCGAAUCGUGAAUAAAGCAUGUUCAUACCAAGUUUAUUUAAAAAACAAGCUGAACGUUUAAAAGUACGUAGAGCUGCUGCUUCUAAGGUGUAAUGAAGUUGGCAUCCAGGUCUGAUAUAAUAUUGUUUAACCUGUGACAGACUCUUCAUCGAUUCCUGUUAGACUGGAAACGAUUUGAAAGCUGUGUUCUUUUCAGAGUCUAGUGAGAGCGAUUUGCUGGUAGCCCAAGGCUUGGCUGACCAAAGCUCCAUGCGCGUAAGUAGCAAACAGUCUCUUGGAUAAAAGUGUGCCGAGACGAUGGGAGCUGUUGAGUUUUAAACUUCUUUUGCCAUGUUUUAUUUUCUCUGUCUUCACAUUUCAGGAAGCUGUCUGUGGAAGUAGUUUACUCUCCAUGAGAUGGAGCGCUCUCCAGUCGGCUUUGCCAGGCUGAUGGGGAGACUGUCUUCUACCCAAGAAUGUAUUUUUGCCUUAAAAAAAAAAAAAGUGUUUGGUUACAUUACGAUGAUACCUGUGACCACAGCUACAGUGGUGGUUUUCCACAAAGCAGUAGUACUGGUGCAGGUGUGGUAAUUGACGGAUCUGGUUUAAAACAGGCUUGAAGGGAAAGUUUUAAUCCCUUUUAUAAAAGCUGCGGUUGUAGUAGGGGAGGAGAAAAGGCUCUUCCAGCAGUGGAAGAAGGCUUGUGUUACCUGGCAGUUUGCUUAUUCCACCUGCAUCUGUUAUUCUAGUAAAAUACCAACUUUC